AUGCUGCGCUCAAGCUUCAUCAAGGCCACUCCCGUCCUGCCCCGUCUGCACCGCUGCCUCGCGACGGUGCAGACGCCAAAGCCGGCGCCAAAGAGGCAAGGGGAUAUUUCGGACUCCUUCGUCUCGCUGUCGGGCGUGGAGCAGGCGCCGCUGCCGGAUCGCUUCAGACAGCUCAAGUUGGAGCUGGUCAGGGGUCGUGAGAAGGAGAUUGCGGCGAGCUGGACGAGGCUGCUGCGGACGCUGCGGAGGGAAAACGAGGUUAUUGCGCAAAAGGGCCCUGCCGUGAUUCCCCAAGUAGAGUUUUCUGACCUGAACUUUGGGCUGGACAAUAAAGUCAAGGAGGAGAUUAAGAAGAGGGGAGUGGUGGUCGUACAUGGCGUAAUCCCGGAAGGCGAAGCGAGGGAAUACAAGGCCCGCGUGGAGGAAUAUGUCAAGCAAAACCCAAACACAAGAGCUUUCCCAGCUCAUGAUCCACAGGUAUAUGAGCUAUACUGGUCUGAGCCACAGAUCCAAGCUCGCUCACACCCGUCUAUGCUUAAAGUACAAAAGCAUCUCAUGUCAGGCUUUUGGCACACGUCAUCGCCGAGUGCCCAAAUCUCCCUCGACAUACCCCUAUCCUAUGCUGAUAGGCUUCGCAUCCGUCAACCCGGCGACGCGGCCUUUGCACUGGGCCCUCACAUCGACGGCGGCAGCGUUGAGCGCUGGGAAAAAGACGGAUACGGACGUGGCCAUGUAUACGACAGAGUGUUUGAAGGCAGAUGGGAGAAGUAUGAUGGCUGGGAUGCUUCCGGCAGAAUCGAUGCCGUCAACGACCUUCACAACGGCCUAGGAGCAUGUAGUGCUUUUAGAGCAUGGCAGGGCUGGGUCUCUAUGAGCCGAGUAGGACCAGAACAAGGCACUCUGUUGACGUAUCCUCUGAUGCUGUCAACUGCGUACACGCUUCUGAGGCCAUUCUUUACGCCUCUUGAUACCACCAAGAAGGGGGAUGCCUUCUUGGACGAGAAGAACUGGACAUUCACUGGCGAUGCUGAUAUGACCAGCGACCUUCAAGGCGCACAUCCGGGACACGGGCAAGAGCUUAAUGAUGAGCUUCAUCCUCACCUGGAGCUUUCAAGGACCAUGACACAUGUGCCCGAGAUCAAGCCCGGGGCCUUUGUGGCAUGGCAUUGUGACACCAUCCAUGCCGUCGACAAAGUUCACAAGGGACAAUCCGAUUCGAGCGUGCUCUACAUUCCCGUAUGCCCGGUGACAGAGCUCAACGCGCAAUACCUCGCCAGACAACGCCAGGCCUUCUUGGACGGCACACCAGGACCCGACUUUCCGGGCGGCGAUGGUGAAUCAAAGCACAUCGGCCGCGUGACAGAGGAUAUGGUGCGGCGAUGGGUCAACCCCGAGGGCCGACGGGCAAUGGGCUUGGAUAAGCUUGUUGCGAGUCCUUCAGCCCUGCCUGGAGCGAGAGAAGUGGUGGAUAGGUUUAACGCGACUUUGGGGCUGAUUUGA